GUGCCAGUGGGAAAAGGUAAGAUGGCGGCGGACGGAGAUGCGGCGAUCCCGGAUCAGGAAAAAGUGCGAAUAGUCUCGGAUUUUAUACUGCACUCACCACCGGGCGAGUUCAACGAGGUGUUCAAUGACGUGCGGGUCCUACUGAACAACGACAACCUGUUGAAGGAGGGAGCGUCCGGGGCUUUCGCUCAGUACAACAAGGACCAGCUCACGCCUGUUAAGAUAGAUGGGAGCGACCACCCGGCGCUCAUAACCGAACACAAUGACCUGGGUUCUCAGAGGUUUUAUGAUGCACGGAGUAAGCAAAGUUUUAAGUAUGAUCACUUGAGGAAGGAGGCACAAGAUUAUGAAACUUACGAACCAGAUCCCAUAGCAGAACCUUGGAGGUUAGCCCUUCAAGAUGAGAUAACGAAUUAUACUCAAAGUCACUACAGACACGGCGCCUGUUCAGUUUUUGGAAAAUCCCUCGGAGGAAACAUAACGCUGACAGCGUGCAUAGAGGAUCAUCAGUUUCAACCUAAGAACUUCUGGAACGGCCGCUGGCGCUCGGUGUGGACCGUAAGCUUUACGCCAAACUCGGGGAACGCCGAGCUGAGAGGUAGCCUCAAAGUACAAGUACAUUACUACGAGGACGGGAACGUACAGCUGGUCAGUAGCAAGGAAGUGAAGGAGAGCCUACCGAUCUCCAACGAGAAGCAGACGGCGAAGGAUUUGAUACGGUUUGUCGAGGAAUCCGAAAACGAUUAUCAAACGGCAAUUUCCGAAAACUACCAAACGAUGUCCGACACCACCUUUAAGGCGCUGCGAAGGCAACUGCCAGUGAUGCGAACAAAAAUCGACUGGAACAAAAUUGUGUCGUACAGUAUUGGCAAAGAGCUUAAAAGUCAAUAGAAGUAGAUUUUUUUAUAUAAUAAUAUUAAAGGAAAUAAUUAAAAAAAAGAAAGAGAGAGAGAGAAAGAGAAGCGCAUUUUGCUGCAUGAGUGAAGUCUGGAAGUGUGAUGUGCAUGGGAGCAAAUUAUAAUAACUACUAAAUAACGUCUGAUUAGAGGUAUUCGGCUCAUGCAUGCCACUCAAGGUUCCUCUCGACUCCACAUUGUAUUUCACAAGAAGCAAUAAAAAAAGGGGAGAUCAACACUUUCGGCGUUGUCAAUUGUGUAUCAAAAAAAAAUCGAAAUUACAGUUUCUCCGAGUAACUUGACAAAAUUCAACGUAACGAUAAUAACGUAACGUUGAAAGAACUUGAUAAACGUUUAUCGUCUUUGCAUUCGAAAAUAUUUUUCUAACAGUAUUCUGACAGGAACCUUCGUGUGAAUCAAGAUUGUUUCUUUACUUUGUUUCUGAUCGCCUUUUUUCCAGAACGAUAUCCACGAUAUUCGCAUUGUGCAGCAUAGUGCAGGAUAUAAUCUUUAACUUCAGAUGGACAUUAAAACGAUAAUAACUGUCGAAGUAAAAGAUCUAUUCACUAUUUAUAAUAGGGUAAUGGGGAUCCUUGGUCUUAUGUUAAGUGAUCGAACUGAAGUUGAAUUCAAUGUGUUGAAUAGCUUGAGAUUGUGAGACACAGAUAGCGAAAAUAAAUUUAAACUAUAAUCAUGUAGUUGUGAAAAUAACGAGCAGAUGGAAGCGGUUUCUGUAAUUAAUAUAAAACUCACGAAUUUUUGCAGGCUAUCAAAAAUAUAAUAACGCCAGUGAUGUUUAAUGUAACUAUUUAUCUAGAUUCUUGUGCAUAACACACAUUCCUUUUUUUCUUCUAUGAAAUUUACUACAAGAUUUAUUACUAAGAACAGUUGAUACACGAUGUUUGUUAUUCACUGACGUUGUUAUUUUAUUGAUAAUUUUGUCGAGAUGCAACUACGCCAAUCUGCUCUGAUACAAUCUAUCCGUCACUUGAUAGUUCACCCUGACUCAAAGCAAAACGAUUUUAAUCAUUUUACUAUUCGCGCAAUCCAUUUUAAAAUCGAAUCUGCGAUAUUGAUUGUUUGCAUUUUAUUUAGUGAACACGAUCAACGUAGGACAGGAACAGAGUCUGUACAAAAAAUACUACACGAUACAAAAGCUAAAAGUUUCUUCACGGAUGUGCCGGCGUGCGAAUAAAGUAUCAAAAAUAAGAAUUCGCGUCAGACAUAAGUCAGGAAGGUCUUUUGACUCCUUUUGAAAAAAAAAAGAAAAAAUCUGCUGUAAUAUUUAAGCCAUAGAUCACUUAAGGCGGCGCGAUGACACAUCUCAUGCAUCUAAAACUUCGGAUGACGAUACACUUGGAUCAUUUCGUUACUCAUCGACGUAACAUGCUGGGGCCACGGGUGAUGUUAAAAACGCGUAAUAUAUCAAACACAAAUACGAAGACACUAGAGAUGCGUCUAUCUAUGAUUUGUCAGCCCGGUAUCGAACACCGUUAAGUGUUCACUACCGCGUUCAAUACACGAAGUACGAAAAACGAGGAAACAUAAUUCUUAUAUAACAGAUAUUGGUGGGCGAGGCCUACUAUUUUUAUCCGACUUUAUAUUUCAUAAAGAUAUAUAAGUCUAUAUACAUUUUUGUUAAAAAUGUAUUGUUUUAUAAUAAGUAUGUCUAUUAUAUAAUGAAUAUGUUGCAAAGUUUAAUGAACUACUGAAUGAAAUAAAUGUUAAUCAUUGCGCAACUUUGUUUCCAAAAAUUAAAUUCUACUACUACUAGCUGUACGAAGAAGAACUCACUGGAGUUGAUGAAAAGCAGAAGCGUUAGGGGAUCUCUUGGUGCUAUCGCUUACCACACAUUACACAGCCAGACAUUGUAUGCGAAAAAAAAACGGAAACUAACAAAGUACAUAAUACAUUGUACAUUGUAGAAUGUAGCCUAUAGCCUGCUGGAGCCUUAAUCUGUUCACUUUACGUUGGGAAGUGGGGACGGGGAGCGGAGAUCGGGUCUCGGAGAAAUACUAUGUACAUAUGUUAUUCGGAUGAAUGAAUGCGACGACGAUGCGCACCAUCAUUUGACUCUUAAUGCAAUAGGAUUCGAAACGUGUGUGUAAUAUUAUUCAUACUUUGUAAGUUACAUCGUAAUUCAAGGCAUCAUCUCUUCAGCCGUGAUACAUAAAAUACCUGUUCAGAAAAAGAAAAACUCUUGCAAAUUCUUGCCACUGAUACUUAAGGAAGAAUCAACGAGAAAGAGAGAGAGAGCAUGUAGGGAUGAAACACGGUAAAUUACUUGUUAGCAUGCGAGGCGCGCAAUAACGAAGUUAUUCAUGUAAAUAUAAUCGCACAUACGCUAUCUCCGAAUCGUUGUUUGUAUUACGUAUGUAAAUUACAAAAUAGAGCGUUUUGAGAGUGUUUCGAAUCUUGUCAAAACUCCACACGACAUAGUUGCCUACGAUAUUGAAAAUUAGGUAUCACCUACAAUCAAGUGUAUCGUAACAUAACAGAACGCAUGUCCUUAUGUAAAAAA